GUUAUGGGUGCUUAUUACAUCUCUGUCAGUAGAGAGGACGGGCGGCCCUUCUUUUGGUUGUUUGAGAACGUGGUGUUCAUGAACAACAAGGCCAAAAUCUUCCGCUUUCUGGUGUGCAACCCGGUUCUGGUGGAUGCGGUGAAAGUGAGCCCGGCCCAUAAAGCGCAAUACUUUUGGGGCAGCAUCCCUGGGACGAACAGGCCCAUCAUCACAUCACAGAACGACAAGGUCAAUCUCCAAGACUGCCUUGAAAGGGGCAGAGUUGCCAAGUUCACAAAAGUGAGGACAAUCCCCACCAACUCGAACUCUCUCAAGCAGAACAAAGAUGUGGGCAAGCUCCCGGUAUCAGAGAAAGGCGUGGAUGACAACAUGUGGAUCACAGUGCUAGAAAAGAUCUUCGGCUUCCCCAAGCACAUCUAG